AUGACAUCGGAACCCGAAAAAACUUCAUUCAUGAUGAGCAAUGGUGUUGAUUCAUUGGAUCAAACAAAAAUACCAUUUCUUGAAAGUUUGCUCAGAGAAAAAACUUUAAGACCUACAUCAUUUCACAUGCCCGGUCAUAAAGGAACAGAGGCACCUCAUCCAAUGCUCUUGGAUUAUUUCGGUGGCAAUCUGUAUCCAGCCGAUGUGGUUGAGAUCAAUGGAAAUAUUGACUAUUUACACUCGCCCAAAGGUCCAUUACUCGAAGCUCAAAAAUUGGCUGCGGCUGCGUAUAAUGCUGAUGAAACAUUUUUUCUCAUUAAUGGCUCUACCGUUGGCAAUAUGGCUGCUAUAAUGAGUGUAGUCGGUCCUGGUCAAAAGUUUAUUAUGCCACGUGCAUCGCAUCGAUCAGUCUAUGGAGCAAUAGUUCUUUCUGGUGCGACACCAAUCUAUAUCGAACCCGAUUAUCAUCCCGAUAUUAGCUUUCCUCUGGCUGUCAGUGUUCAGGCAGUGCAAAGUCUCCUAGAAGAACAUCCUGAUGUUGUCGCAAUUCAUUUAACAUCACCGAAUUAUUAUGGGGUUUUAUCCGAUGUAGCAGCUAUUCGUAAUCUAGCUCAUUCACAUGGUGUAGCACUUUUGGUAGAUGAAGCACAUGGCUCACAUCUCGGACUGCAUUCUGAUUGGCCUAAAUCAGCGGUUUCUCUGCGGGCAGAUAUCAUCGUUCAAAGUACACAUAAAACGCAAGGUGCUCUCACUCAAUCAGCCAUGUUACAUCUGAAUGACAACGGUUUGGUCAAUCGAGCACGUGUAGCGCAAAUGUUAUCACUUCUACAAAGUUCAUCACCAAGUUCUAUCUUACUAGCUUCACUCGAUGCAGCACGAAUGCAAAUGGCUACUGAAGGACGUGAACGCUUAGCAACGAUACUUGUAUUAGCACGAAAAGCUCGGGAUGCUAUCUGUGAAAUGGACGGUUUGUGGUGUUAUGGCGAUGAGUUAAUCGGUGCCAACGGUAUUUUUGCCAUCGAUCCCAGUAAAUUAAUCAUUCGGGUAAGCGAAACUGGUCUUAGUGGAUUCGAAGCCAGUGCACUACUCCGGCAAGAGUACAAUCUCGAAGUUGAAUUUGCCGAUCUCAGACAGAUUAUUUGUUCGAUUACCUUCGCCGAUACGGAAUCUACAAUCCAUCAACUUCUCGAUGCUUUACGCCAUUUAUCUAAAUAUCAUCGACAAAUCAAUCAUGCUGAUUUCUCACUCAUCAAACCACCGGACGGUCUGCCUCGUUCGGUUAUAAGCGUACGUGAUGCUUAUUUUGCCACCAAUGUUCGACAUGUUUCUCUAGAUGAGGCCGUAGGACAUGUGCUAGCAGAGAGUGUGAUACCAUAUCCACCUGGAGUUCCACUUCUUGUUCCUGGUGAAAUUAUGGAAGGACACCAUCGUGAUUUUCUGCAGUAUUUUCUCGGCAAGGGCGGCUCUCUAGUUGGUAUCGCAGAUCCAAACUUACGCACAGUUCGCAUUAUCAAUACUUAA